CGUUACCGCAGAGUCCAAGUCACUUUGUACUAAUGUAUCUUAAACUAUUUUAGGCGUGAUAAUUAUCUUUUAAACAUAUAAACAGAGCUUUUUGAGCUCUGACGCAGAUUCGUACUUUGAUUAAAUUUAACAUGAAACGAAUUAAAUUCGGGACAGCACAGUGGCGCAGUGGUUAACAUUGCAAUCUGCGUGGAGUUUGUAUGUUCUCCCUGUGAUAUCGUGGAUUUUCUCCGAGUGACCCAAUUUCCUCCCACAGUCCAAAAACAAUGGCAGAUCAUGUUAUGACACAACCACAGGAAAGCAAAGACAAGGAAAACAGUGGAAGAGAAGACUACAGCCAGAGGACCUAUAUCAAAUUAUACAUAUCAAUAAAUGAAUUAAAAGAUAUAUAGGUUUAGACUUACUGCGGGUCCUGGGGGAGACUCCAUGAAUUUCUCUUCUACUUUACAGAAAAAAGUCCUCUUUUGUGCGACUUCCAUGAGUUCCCAAGUCAGACUCCAGAUUCUCCCCAGCCCUAAGUGCUUGUUUGAUGAGCCGGUGACAGUGAAAGUGGAGGGACUUUCUGCCUACCAGGAGGUCCAGUUAAGAGCGAGACUCACUGAUCAGAAAAAUGUGAUUUUUCAGUCUUCAGCCACAUACAGGGCGGAUGUGAGCGGAAAAAUUGAUUUAUCCAGCUCUCCAGCUCUGGGUGGUAGCUUCUCUGGUGUUGAGCCCAUGGGUCUGUUCUGGUCUCUGAAACCAGAAACUCCUCAUAAGAAACUGGUGAAGAAGGAGAUACUCACCCCAUGUCUUGUUCACAUUGAGUUGUACAGCUCUGGAAGACAGAGAGAGAUGCUUGCCAAGGAGAUCAAUGAAAGGCACUUUAUGGCUGAGGGGGUGCGCAGAUUACCCAUUAAACAUGGAAGAAUUCAUGGAACCCUCUUUCUGCCACCUGGCAAGGGCCCUUUUCCAGGUGUCGUGGACAUGUAUACUGUUGGGGUUGGUCUGUCAGAGACCCGAGCCUGUCUUCUUGCAAAUCAAGGAUUUGUGGUGUUUGCUCUGGCCCCAUAUGGCCAGGGGACACCUAGCAAUGUCAGCAGUCUUCAUCUGGAAUACUUUGAAGAUGCAUUGAGUUUCCUGAGCAGACGACCAGAGGUCAAAGGUCCCGGGAUAGGUAUCCUGUCAAUUUCUAAAAGUGGAGAUCUGGCUCUGUCUAUGUCAUCAUUCCUAUCUGGGAUCUCGGCCACCGUCUGCAUCAAUGGCUGUAAUGCCAAUGUGAUGUUUCCUCUGCAUUACAAAGACACAGUCAUUCCUCCCUUGAUGUUUGAUGCAAACAGAGCAGUCCUCACUGAGUCUGGAGCUCUGGAUGUCAAGCAUAGCAUCUGGAACCCGAUGGCACCAGAGAACCGAAGAACGCUGAUUCCCAUUGAGCGAGCAGAUUGCAGAUUCCUGUUUGUGGCGGCUGAGGAUGACAGGAACUGGGACAGUCGUUUCUUUGCAGAGCAGGCAGCCAAGCGCCUGACCGAGUAUGGAAAAGACAACUUUGAAGUGGUGCUGUAUCCUGGUUCGGGGCAUUAUUUAGAUGUCCCCUACAUGCCUCACUGUUUCUCAUCUUUGCACGCAGCUAUUGGAAAAUAUGUAGUGUGGGGUGGUGAGCCCAAGAGUCAUGCGGAGGCACAGGUAGAUCUCUGGGGGAAGAUCCAGGCAUUUUUCAGGGAGCACCUUGAUACAGCAUGUAGCUUCGGUAAGGCAAAGCUGUAAACUGGAACACCUAUAUGCCCCUCUGUGUGAAAUAAGCCCUCCAAUCCAAACAGACCCCAAUGAGAAAAUAUUGGAUCUAAAGUACAGUGACCUGUAAAAGUAUUCAGCCCUUACCUAUAGUGUCUUUUUUGCUGAAAUUACAAAAUAAUUUUAAAUGCAAUAUUGUAUUCAAGAAUUGAAUGCUCCGACUGAAGUCUUUCAAGGGUGAGGUGAUUUACAGUUAAUGUCAGUAAAAACUAAAGACAAAAAAUGCAAUUAGUUGAUUUCAGUUUUGGUGGAAACACCUUUGUUAGCAAUUACAGCUUCUGGGUAAGUGUAUAUCAACAUUGUAUACUGGCUUCAUGCAACUUUUACCAAUUAUUCUAGGCAGAUUUCCUUAAGCUCUCUGAUAUAGCUUGUUGAUUGUUUUGAUCGCUUAUUGACAGCAGCGUUGUAUUUUAAGUCAUUGUCCUUCUGAAAGGUAGUUUCUUUUGUCAUAGUUUUAGGUCUGAAGCAGGUUUCCCCUAAGAAUUACCAGUAUUUUUCUCCGUCAGUGUUCCCCUCAAUCUUGACAGGCUUAUUCUUAAAAGUAUUAUUACAUUUAUAAAUACAUAAUUGUUCUAUUUUCUAUAAAACAUUUUAUUUUAAUUAAGAUAUUGAACAUACAAAUGUCGAAGUGCGUUUUACUGUAUCAACAAGGAGUCAUAAUGCCGCUAGAGGGGGCUGUGCUACUUUACCGUCGGUCUGCUGCUGUUUCAAGGUUUGCGGUAGUUUCCCGAAGUCUCAAUAUCAACCCUGUUGUGCAAGGAAAUUGAUGACGGGAAAACGUGUUCUAGUGGGGUUUGUAGAUGCGUUAUCUAUUACUAUAUUAAAAAACUAACAUAAAAAAGUAGUAAAGACAAAACUUGAUCCUCUGUCAUUAUAUUUGUAAAAGGCAUCAGUUGCUGUAACGCUCUAAGUAUUCCGUCAGUGCACAACGCCAUAUGAAAACAGUGCAUUGUUAAAGUGCACGGUGAAAAUUGUCCAAGAAAGACGGUUUAUGACAAGCAUGUGUGAAGGUCUCAGUGUGGCACAGGAUUAGAGCCCGAGUGGUCACAGUUAUUAUGACCUCAUGGUGAGGGGUGGGAGGGAGAGAAUCUUUGACUGCUCGGAGAGGUCUGUCCAUUUCCCUUGUUUACUGUACCUAAAGGUCAAGUCAAGUCACCAUCAGGAUUGUGAAGGCUAAUCCCAAAGUACACUUUGCUGAAACUGGCCAGCCGCUCUUAACAUUAUUGGCUGAAAUCUACAGCUGAGCUUCCAUUUAAGCUGUUCUUAAAGCAAAGCAUGAAAAUGUGCAGUUAAAAGAAAUAUUGUCUAAAAUAAUAUAUAUAUAUAUUACUUUAAAAAAUUGAAACUACCAAACCUCCAGUAUUCCUGUUUUUUCAUCACUUACAGUGAGUUGUCAUUUUUUUUUCUUUAAUUUCAAAAUUCCUAAUUUUUUAAAUAAAAUUAAAGUCCUAAGAGUAUUUUUGACCUUAAUUAAGAACAAAUUAUAAUGAAUUAAUUAUAUGAAAAUAUUGUUAGAUAUUUUAAAUUAUGUGACACAAAGUCUAAGAUGAAGAAUGUGUGAUCCUUUCUACAACUAAGUGUUUAAUUUAGUGUAUUUAAGAGCUUUAUAAAAUAUAUGAGUAAAGGCUUAAAUUAUUUUUAUUUCCUUUUGCAAACACUCUGAGCCUCCUUUUGAAGUUUUGUAUAGUCUGGGAUUCUUAAAACAGACAAAAAACCUGUGAACCUUGUGAUUAAUGAGGCAAUGAUUAUAUUAUAUUUUUUAAAUCAUAUUAUUUUUUUUAGUCAAUCUAUUUGUGUUAUCAAAAACCUUUGGGAUGUGUCUUGCCAACUAAAUUGGAAAUUAAUACAAUGAGAUCUCACAUAGCAAUAACGAUCUGGGAUUAACAGAACAUUACAGUAAGACAGACUGCUUCAAUUGCAAAGAACUAGGACAGAAUAAGGCAGGAAUAAUUAAAGAUGAAAAAGUAUCUCAUUAAUGUCAUUUUGUGAUGUAAGGAAUAAGAAGCUGAUAAUGCAGUGAUUUUUUUCUCAUUGUAAAGAAAAAAAGAAUGUGUAUAAUGUACAGUAGCAAGGUGAGUCGUGGUGACAGUCUUUCAUGUUGAAAAUGGGUUUCUGAACACACUAACACCAAGGCUCAAUGAAAUAAAUUGUGUUCCUCAAAGGCAGGCUGAA